AUGCAAAACGACUUGUCUAAGAGCCAUGAUCGUAUGAAGAUGAUGUAUAAGCUGAAAGGAAAGCACGAUAUUAAAAAGAAGCAGAAGAAUUAUAGUAUAAGUAAGUUGGUACUUUGCUUUGUUUUUUUAAUUUGCGUUUAGAAAAGAAUGAGAAGAAACGUCGAAGAGAGGAAGAAUUACUAAGUUCAGCUAUUAACAAAGAGUCGUAUCAAAAAGCCAUCGAAAUGCAGCCAACUAGUGGAUUCAACACAAAUAUUCAAACGCAAAGUAAAGGAAGCACAAAUUUAUUACCUUUUUUUAGAGAAAUGGUACCAGUUGAGUGUCGCUUUGCCUGGUUCAAUAUUGAAUAAUGCCCAGAGUCCAGAGCUGAAAGCGUAUCUGGCGGGUGAGAUUGCCAGAAGUCUAUCUGUUUUUUGCGUUGAUGAAGUAGUAAUAUUUGAUGAAACGGCACGAAUGACGGACAGGUAGGACUGAUCAAGAUUAUUUUGUUCAAUUUUAGCCAACUAAAUGCUUAUUACUCUGGAUCAUGGACUGGAGAAGAAAAGAUGACCGACAAAAACAAUGAAUGUAAUUUCCAUUUGGCCAGAAUUUUGGAGUUUCUGGAAUGCCCUCAAUAUCUUCGAAAGGCUCUCUUUCCUGUACAAAAACCCUUGAAAUUUGCUGGAAUUCUGAAUCCGUUGGAUGGAAUGCAUCAUUUGAGAGCUAAUGAUCUUCACGUUCCUUAUCGCGAAGGCAUUGUUUUGGACAGGAUAGUAAAAGAAGGAAAAGGAUCUUUUUGUGAUGUCGGUCUGGACAAGGUAAGAUUAAUGAAGACAUAAGGUUCCUCGUUUAUAGGAAUUGCAAUUAGAAGAUGGAAUUGUGUUGCCCCCAAAAACUAGAGUCACUGUACAUCUAACAGACACCAAUCCAGAGAGAAAACGGUAUCGAGGGAAAAUCUUUAGUCCAAAGAAGAUCAGAAACGAAGCCGGCGUCUACUGGGGAUACAAUGUCAGGCUUGCCAAAAGCCUUCAUGAUGUGUUCUCAAUCAAGUAUGACGUGUAUGUAGGCACAUCGGAACGAGGCAAGGCUAUUGGAGAUGUCGAGUUCGAGCAAAAGGAGGGAUGGUGAGUGGCAUUAUUUUACCGUUUAAUUUCUUUUAGCAAGAUUCUGAUAGUUUUUGGCGGUUUACAAGGCUUGGAGCAAGCUGUACAGUGCGAUGAGCAAAUUGAAGACGAAGAUCCAGCCAGUCUCUUUAAUUAUUACAUCAACUCUCUCCCCGAUCAAGGAAGUCGGAUUAUCAGGACUGAGGAAGCGAUCCCAAUCACGUUAACUGCUCUUAAGAUGAAACUUGGAUGA